GAAGAAGAAGAAGCAGAAGGAAGAAGAGGCACUGGGAAUCCAAAUUGGAUUAGAGAGGAAGAAGAAUGGCGCAGCAAGUGCAGAAGAACACACUGUACGUGGGAGGGUUGGCGGAGGAGGUGAACGAGACGAUUCUCCACUCGGCUUUCAUACCGUUCGGCGACAUCAAAGACGUGAAGACGCCGCUCGAUCAAGCCACCCAGAAGCACCGCUCCUUCGGCUUCGUCACUUUCUUGGAGAGAGAGGACGCCGCCGCCGCCAUGGACAACAUGGACGGCGCCGAGCUCUUCGGCCGCGUCCUCACCGUCAACUACGCCCUCCCCGAGAAGAUCAAGGGCGGCGAACAGGGUUGGGCCGCUCAGCCCAUUUGGGCAGAUGCAGACACAUGGUUUGAGCGACAGCAACAAGAAGAGGAAAUGCUGCGCAUGCAAAAGGAGAACAAGGCUGCCAUGGAGGCUGCGGAAGAGUUGCACAGGAAGAAAAUGACGCAAGAGCGAGAUGGAGAAAAAGAAGAGGAGAGCGAGAUCAAGAAUGACCCCAUGGCAAUGGCUGAAGCAGAGGUUCUGAAACAAGAGGACUAGCUCUGUUGCUUCCAGGUGAGGCAUCAUAGGAAGAUUUCAUGUAGUUUUGUCAAAUCCCUGUCAUUUGUUAAGCGCAGUUGUAAAAUCUUUCCAACGAAAAAUGUACUUGAUAUUCUUAAUUUCACAUAGAUAGGCAGGCAUCCUUGUGGAGAACGGCUGAAAGGGUUUUGGUUUUUUUUGAGGUGCUUGGUUUUGAUGAUCACUGUAUGUAUGGGCGGACCUUAGCUUCUGUGAUACCAGUUUGAAAUGGAUCUCUUAACUCUGCUA